AUGAUAUGCUGCUUGAUUGCUGUGGCCAUAACUCUAGCCCUGAAGUUUGGACAAGGAGAAGUCCUCCCAAAGGGAAUUGGGAUCUUCCUUGUUAUUGUCAUUUGCAUAUUUGUUUUGGCUUAUGGAAGGUCUUGGGGUCCUUUGGGGUGGUUAGUUCCAAGUGAGCUCUUUCCCUUGGAAACAAGAUCAGCUGGACAGAGUGUGGUGGUCUGUGUCAAUCUCCUCUUCACAGCUCUGAUAGCACAGUGCUUCCUCGCGUCGCUAUGCCAUCUUCAAUAUGGGAUUUUUCUGCUGUUUGCAGGCUUGAUAAUGAUUAUGAGCAGCUUCAUCUUCUUCCUCCUGCCAGAAACAAAGCAGGUGCCCAUAGAAGAAAUAUAUCUUCUCUUUCAGAAACACUGGUUUUGGAAAAGAAUAGUAGGAGAUGGGGAGCAAGUUGGACCCAAUGGGAAGCCAGGAGCACAAGUUUAG